AUGAUGUUAUAUAUACUAUUAUUGAUCGGAUUGUUAUGUUCAGUAACGAGAACUCAAUUCAAUUUAUAUAAUACUGAUGUAUCUCUUGAUGCCGGUAACCUUCACACCAAUUGCCUACAUUAUUAUGCCGAUAUUGUGACAGAAAUCACUGAGAAAGUUGAGUAUUGUCUCGGUCCUAUCAAUGACAAUGAUGUAUUGCUUGAGAGAUUUCCAAAUACAACUAAUGGAAAUUUCACAUUCGAAGAAUUACGUCAAUUAAAUGUUACUACAAAAGAUCUUCUCGCAUGGUCUGCUGCAGUUGAUCUUACUGAACGAUAUCAAUAUUAUAUCGAUCAAUCAAACAAGUCAUUAAUAUCGACAGAAAUCUUCUUCAAUUGUACAAAAUCAUGGUUUGGACCUCGAUGUCAAUAUUCCUUCGGUUUAGGUACAACAUAUAAUUUUCAACAGAUUGUACGAAAGACAUUCGCUGACAAAUAUUUCUCGACUCCUCCGUAUGUUAUUACUAGUCUGACUUGUUACAUUCACUUGAAAUGUGAUCGUGGAGGUUCCAAUAUAUGUCUUGAUUGGCGUGAGAUAUGUGAUGGACGAAUUGAUUGUAUCGAUGGAGGCAUAGAUGAAGAACAAUGUUUCCAGUUAGAAAUCAAUGAAUGUAAUGAAAACGAAUAUCGAUGUCGUAAUGGAUUAUGUAUACCGAAAGAAUUCUUGGAAGAUAAACAGUUUCAAUGUCUUGAUGUAUCCGACUUAUUAAACAUCGAUCCUUAUCCACAUAAAGGUAUGUUUCCACAUAUAUUCGAUAUUGAAGAACGUAUGUGCCCAACAACCGAUAAACAAUUUAAAUGUGGUGAUGGACGAUGUGUAGCAGAUCAUGAUAAAUGUAUCAACAAACGAGAUUUAUUCUUAUAUGAAUUGAUAAGUAUGCAAGGAAAUUUAUCUUCUAUUUGCUGGAUAACAAUGAUAUGUCUGACUAAGAUUCUCAAUCAAGUCAAUGGAACAUCAUGCCAACAAUUCUUUAAAUCGUCUAAUAUCACUGCUUACUUGCAAACUUGUGAAGCUGUUAUUCAAUUUCCAACUGUACCUGUACUUUUUGGUCACAUACGCUUUUUGUAUAUUUUGAACGAUACUAAACAUGGUUUAAAUACUGAUCUUGCUAUGAUACCUAACUAUAUAUGUUACGAUUCGGAAUUAUGCGAUUUUCUUAUACCAACAUUUCGAAAUGGAAACUGUACUUGUCGACAUAGUGAUGAUAUUUAUAAUUUGAAUUUUAGUAGAAACUUAACAACAUGGACUUCUAUCAUUAGUGUAAUUGAACCAUAUUUUCGUAAAUGUUUGACUACACACAACAACACAAAUCUUUCUCAAUAUUCGUCAUUAAUAUACUGUUGCAAAAAUUCAUCAAAAUGUAUUUCUAAACACCGAAUUCUCGACAAUAUCUCAGAUUGUUAUCUGAAUGACGACGAAGAACAGUUUGAACUUAGCUGUUUAAUCAACGAUACACGACGUUUCAAAUGUGGCAACGAAAACAAAUGUUAUUCAGCAUCUGUUUCACAAGAAAUAUGUCCUCAUCGGCGUUCUUUUACCAUCGAUGAGAUAGAUUUUCAACAUCUAUGUGAUCGACAUAUUCAAAUGUUUCCUGUACUAAUCGAUGGACAAAAUUAUACGGAUGAAAGUGAAUGUGAAAAAUGGCCUUGUAAUAAUAUUUAUACACGAUGCGAUGAUUUCUGGAGUUGUCCCUCUGGAGAAGAUGAACAUAAUUGUACAAAACAACAGUUUUGUCCUUUAAAUUCUCUUGAUUGUGUAUCUCCACACAAUUAUACUCUAACAUGUUUACCAGCAAAUCAAGUUAAUGAUGAACAUAUAGAUUGUCUUGGGGCAGCAGAUGAACUUCAGUACUGUCGUAGUGGUAAAUGGACAAAAGGAACCUAUUAUGGAUUUCGCUGUUGGAAUGAUAGUAAAUGUAUUCAAAGCAAUUUUCUGUGUGAUAACGACCGAGACUGUUCUUUCGACGAUGACGAAGUUUUUUGUGGAGAUGAGCACGAAUCUUGUAGUGAUUGUCAUUAUUAUGGUUGUUCUAACGUGAAACAAGCUCUUUGUCAUCUUCGUGUUUUGGGCAGAAUGGGACUUUCAUCAGAAACAUUGCCAGUUUAUCCUCUACCUUCAAGCAAAAUAAUUCAAUACGUAACUCAACCGCAGAUAGAAUUACAUAGUGUAGCAAAAUAUAUCACUAAUAAACCUCAUGACCUUACAUGGCCAUGGCGUUGUAAUCACGGUCUCUACGUUACUGUCUGGUCUGAAGAUGAUACUUUAAAAUAUAAAUGUUUGUGUCCAUCACACUACUAUGGUGAUCUAUGUCAAUACCAAAAUCAACGAGUAAGUUUCACGGCAAAACUAGCUGCCAUUAAUAGACAGGGUAUUUAUGCAAUUAUUGUCACAUUAAUCGAUGAUGGCGAUGAUCGUCAACAGAUAAAUUCUUAUCAUCAGUUUAUUUUUUCUAAUAAUCUAAAAUGUGAACGAGAUUACAAUACUUAUCUUACUUAUUUGUCACGUCCAAAGAAUAUUUCAGCAAACUACAGUGUGCGUGUUGAUGUAUUUGACAAGACGAGUCCUAUCAGAUAUAUUGGUAGUUGGCAUUUUCCAGUACCUUUUUCGUUUUUACCUAACAAUCGAAUGGCUGUUCUAUUAAAUAUACUAGAUCACCAGCCAUCCAAUGUUAUUCAAUGCUCUGUCACAUGUCACAAUGGUAAAUGCAUGAAAUAUGUGAAUAAAGAAACAGGUUUUUGUCAAUGUCAUAUGGGAUGGUCUGGUGUUGGAUGUGAUAUUCCUAUUCGUUGUAGUUAUUGUUCAUCUGAUUCGCUUUGUGUUGGUAUGAUUCAUAACCGGUCUAUAUGUGUAUGUCCUCCUAAUAAAGGAGGUCCACGGUGUCUAAUUACACUUUCAUGUCCAGAAGAUCUUUGCGAAAACAAUUCUUCCUGUAUCGUAGUCGAUGAUGGUAUGCAUGAACUCAGUUUUAUUUGCCUGUGUUCGAAAGAAUUUCAUGAUGUGUUUUGUCAACUCAAAAAACCAAAACUUGAAAUUUCUUUUCAUAACAUAAAAGUCUCAUCACCAAUUCUAUUAUUCUAUCUCUUCGGUACUCUACGAUAUACAGAAGAUUCCGCCGUUAUGACACCUUUCGGCAAAAUGGGCUUUCGUGUAAUGUCACAAAAAUUAAAAAUGUUUCAACGUACUGUAUCAUUAAAUAUUCCAGAAGAUUUGCGUAUAGUUUUUGUCAAGAUUGAUAACAGUUAUUAUUUAGCUUAUCUGCAACGACAUGAUCACUCAGAAGCUUCUACUUCGAUUGAUUCGUCUCAACAAUGUUUAUCAACUGAUGAAGUCUUAAACUCUGAAUUAAAAGUUUUACCUAAUAUUCGACGAAUGAAAUAUUAUCAUGUCAUAUGUCAAACUAAACUUCACUUAUUAUGUUUCUUUGAUGAAUCUUAUAUGUGUCUGUGUACUCUGGAGCGUCAUGCCCACUGUCUCAAAUUGAAACGUACUCCUAUGAUGUGUCGAUAUACUAGUUAUUGCGAGAAUGGUGCACAAUGUUUGGAACAGGGCUCUGAUUGUCAAUUCGUUCCAAUUUGUGAUUGUACUGAUUGUUAUUUUGGUGAUCGAUGUCAAUUUUAUGCAAAAGGUGUUGGAUUAACAUUAGAUGAUAUCUUUCGUUAUGAUAUUCGACCGAAUGUAACCAUGCAUAAACAACCAUCUAUAAUUAAAUGGAGUGCAGCAGUUACAAUGAUUUUGUUGGUUGUAGGCUUAAUCAAUAGUUUAUUAUCUAUUCUAACAUUUUAUGUUAAGGAAUCCAGAGAGGUUGGUUGUGGACUAUACCUUUUUGCAUCAUCCAUCACAUCUCUUCUCACAAUAAGCAUGCUCACAUUCAAAUUUUGGUUUCUUAUAAUUACUCAAAUCAAUCCAUUAACUAAUGUUUCUACUCUUCGUGGUGGUUGUCAAUCAUUAGAAUUUCUUAUUAAAGUUUGUCUAUAUACGGACAAUUGGCUUAAUGCUUGUGUAGCCCUCGAACGAUUCAUGACUGUGUAUACAGGCGUUCAUUUUGACAAAUUGUUGAGUAAACGUGUUGCUCGAUGGGUGAUUAUUAUCUUAGCAUUAUUAAUUCCAAUUUCUAUUAUUCAUGAACCUUUAUAUCGUAAUUUAGCUGAAGAUAAAGAUGAACAACGUUUAUGGUGUGUAAUUCCUUAUUCUCGUUCAGUUCAUACAUACAACACAAUUAUCUCUUUCUUUCAUUUUCUGGGUCCAUUCUGUGCGAAUCUUUUUUCUGCUAUAUUUAUAAUUUUUCAAGGCGCUCGUGAACGAGCAAGAUUACAGCCACACCUAACAUAUGAUCAACAUCGCUGGGAACAAUUCAUGGCACACAGACAUCUUAUUAUCAGUUCAAUAACUCUAGUUAUCUUAUCAGUACCUCGUCUCAUUAUUUCCUUCUUAUCAGGAUGUGUCAAAGCAUCUCACAAUUCACCGUUAUAUGCUGCAGGCUAUUUCGUUUCCUUCGUUCCAUCCGUGAGUGUUUUCGUCGUAUUUGUGCUCCCAUCAAAUUUUUACAAAAAACAAUUUAAAAAAGGCAUAAGCUCUUGUCAGCUAAUAAUCUUACGGCGUUAA